AUGGCCAUGUCCUUCUCGGAUACCUCGUCGCUGUCAUCGGCACCGCCGACAGAUGACGAAUCCAUGUCAUUAACAUACGAGGCCAAUGCCCCGAUCACAAAUUAUUUCAAGCAGGAAAUCCCUCCGCCGCCCAGGCGCCCAGCGUCACCACCGCACGAAUAUGUCCUCGCGGACAACCCAGAUAUCGCCUUCAUUGUGAUGUUUCGCGCGCGUUUCAGUGACGCCUUUCCGAAAUCGCUCCCACACUACGGUCCGCAGGACAUCGAGAGCGGUGUGCAAGACACAACACCUGGCGAACAUGUAGAGAGAUUAUUAUGCGCUUUGAUUGGCCUGGUGCUCAAUCGCAAGAAAGAUGUUGAGAAAGGGCAUUAUCAACGGGCUUUGGAGGAGGCAGUUCAAACGCAUUCCUCCCAAUGGCCGCGUGCUUGGGAAGGGAAGAACCCUCUCCAUGGCGGCCGCACAUUCAACACCAUGACACCCGAAGAGAGGCUACGCCUCCUCAAAGCUCUGAUCUUAUGGUCACUUUCUUCCUCCGAUGCGAUACAAGCGAAGAUCAAGGAGUCGUAUAAGCAGGCCCGACACGAAGACGACCUUAACCAGCCUUUGUCGGUACAACCAUGGGGGAGAGACGAACUAAAACGACGUUACUGGCUUAUAGAGGGUCAGGAUGACACUCAUUUUCGCCUCUACCGAGAGAGCAAUCCAGCGUUGAAGACGAACACCUGGUGGAGCGUAGCCGGCACCAUCGACGAAAUCCGGGCUAUUGCAGAGAGAUUGGCGUUGGAAAAACCACAAAGUUCCAAGAAACUUAGCGAGCGGAUCAUGAAUGCAAUCCCCCGGUUUGAAAGUGGAGAGGAGAAACGGAGGCGACGUGAUUAUCGACAAGCACGCAAAGCCGCAUUUGCUCGCCCAGAACCAGGCUUCUCGCUAUACGAAGGCCGUACGCGUGGAAAGAAGCUUAAAUAUACGUAUUCUGAUGAUGAAGAUCUCUUCUCUGAGGACUUAGCUCCCACACGACGCUCCACGCGAAAUGUUUCUGGCGUCACGAGCCCAGGAGAGCCGGCAGGACUGACGUUCACAGCUAGUGGUCGUCAGGUGCGAGCCCGCGCGGGAGGUAUAUACGGCGAAUCUGCACUGAGUGGACAACGUGAUGUGGAGCAGGACGACGACGAAGAUCGUCCUCAGCGUAGCACGCGUGGUCAAACGAAUGGCCACACGUCAAAAUAUACGAAUGAUGUGAGCGAUGAAGAAUCCGAUGCUGCUUCUAGCUGGAAAGGCGAUGACGAGUCGCACAAUGAAAAUGAUUUCGAAGGCGAUGACGAAGAUGAGCCUAGUGAAGACGAGUCGAUGCUCGAUAUUGAUGACGAUGAGAAACAACAAAGCCUUGUUGUUCACCUACAUUAUGGCAAGACGGAUCAACAACAGGGCUCCACCAACGAGUCACCUAUUGAUUCCAGCCAUAUUCCCCCCGACUCGAAUUCUAUCAAGACAGAGGCUGUGGCCGAUCUGUCUAAAAAUACACUCGAAGAAAGCUCCAUAGAUAUCGAGCCCUCUGCAGAAGUCACCACCAAAAACGGGACAUCAGAGGAGAAACACCAAGAGCAGGCAGUGCCCAGCUCUUCGGCACUUCCUCAUUAUGAAUACUUCAAGGAGAACGUGGCCGCCAAUCAUGGUCCAAAACCCGAAGAAGUGACCACAAAAAGUACACAGGAACUCCCUAUGACACCUCUUGAACCGUCGCGGAUGCAGAACGGCAAUGAGUAG